AUGAGCAAGAUUUUGAAGUUAUCAUCUAUCACGCUGUUGUCUAGUACACUGGCUGUCUCAUAUUACUAUUAUGCGAUUGAUAGAGAUGGGUACCAUUACAAUAACUCGAUUUGGAAGAGAAUCAGUGACAGGACGCGGGGGAUAAUCGACAGGAAGCAAGAUAUUGUUGCGACGGACCCAUUCACGACGAAACCACGUGAUAUCCUACGGAGACCAAUGGUUGAGACCAUGAAGGACCUCUGGAACGAGCAGAUCAGAUCUUCAGUUUCAUGGAUAUACUCCCUAGGAAAAUGA